ACUGUGGCGUGUGUGUGUUCGUGUGUCUCUCUGAGGCGUUUCUUUUCACAGAUCUACCUCGCGCAACAUGUCGGGCCGCGGCAAGACCGGCGGCAAGGCCCGCGCUAAGGCCAAGUCGCGCUCGUCGCGCGCGGGUCUCCAGUUCCCCGUGGGACGCGUGCACCGGCUGCUGCGGAAGGGCCACUACGCCGAGCGGGUCGGCGCCGGCGCACCUGUGUACUUGGCGGCGGUGCUCGAGUACCUCACCGCCGAGAUCCUCGAGCUGGCGGGCAACGCGGCCCGCGACAACAAGAAGACGCGGAUUAUUCCCCGCCACCUCCAGCUGGCCAUCCGCAACGACGAGGAGCUCAACAAGCUGCUGGGCGGCGUGACGAUCGCCCAGGGAGGCGUCCUGCCCAACAUCCAGGCCGUGCUGCUGCCCAAGAAGACCAGCGCCACCGUGGGGCCGAAGGCGCCCGCGGGCGGCAAGAAGGCCACCCAGGCCUCUCAGGAGUAUUGAGGGGUGUCCGCGCCGCUGCCGGCUGCUCCCGGCCGCCCAGCCCUCCCCAUGCCACCACAAAGGCCCUUUUAAGGGCCACCACCGCCCUCACGGAAAGAGCUGAGCCACGUCGGGCUGCUGGACGGGCGGGCCGCGGCGCCCGGCUCCCCUCCCCUCGCGCGCUGCUGCCGCCGCCCGGCCUCCCGGCCUCCCGCCCCCGCGCCUCCCCUUCCCCCGCACGGCUUGUCGCGUCGGCCUCCCGCCCGGGCCGCGGCACUCGGGCCUCGGGCCCUGUCCUGUCUGCCCGGAAGGGCGCGGGCCGGCCGCCCUCGGAGGGAGGGCUCGGGAGCUCUCCCGGGGGCCGCGAGGCGGCUGGGGUGCAGCAUCUGCGCGCCUUGGCUCGUGACUCCGCCGCCCCAUCCUCAGAAUUGCUGAGGGGCUGCGGGGAGGCAGCCGCACCUUCUGGAAGACACGGCGUUCCGCUCCGAGGUAACGCGGAGGGGGCAGCCGAGGCCGAGAAGGCCGGCGACCCUGAAGGUGAGUGAUCCCCUCGGCAGCUGCAGCCUGGUCGUCUGCUACUUCUCCGGCUUGGUGCUUAGUCCGGGACUUCUCAGACGUGACUGUUGAUUUCCAGGCCUUGGUGGGAGAGAAAUGGAUCGCUUAUUUUGGUUUGCUGCCCCCUUUGCUGCCAAGUCCCAGGCCUUUCACAUCAGAUCUCCCUCCAUCUUCAUUCAUAGGCCUGUGCGGUGUGGCCAAGACCAGACGCUUGGUAAUAUGAACACCUUUCCUCCAGAGAGGACUGCCUCCUGGGAAGACGUUUGGGGGAGGGCAAAGGCCUGCAAGUCGGCUUCACAGCUGGCUGUGUGGACAGCAGUUGUUUUCGCUGAAACACUGGCAGCCAGGCCUAUGGGGCCUACCUACUCUGCCCCAUUGCCCUUCCAGCAACUCAACUCAGCAAAUCCAAGCACCUAGAUACCAGCACAAGUCGGUUAAUCCCUGUCUGGACUGAGCCUCUGUUGACUUCUGAACUGGAAUUUUGCAGCUAACCCAUCCAAGACUAGAACCUUAGGUAUUGAGGAGUUUUAGAUGGACUAAUUUUAUUAAAGGAUUGUUUUUUUUUUUAAAA